UAACCCAAAUUUCUUCUACCCCAAAUCAAGACCAGCACUCGACUACCUCCACUGCAAUAUGGUUACCCUCCGGGCUGCUUCCAUAGACGGUGACGAAAAUGUGAACGACGUCACUACGCCGACGCCUCCGCUGCCCUCCAGUGCAUCGUCCAAGGAAGCCAAUGUUCCCCGCACUGCCACCACAAAUCCGGACCCGAGAUCCGAGCCCGUGAACGGCAUCGAAGAAGAGCCAGAGACUCUCGCAUCAGAGGAAAUUUCCUCCGACGAAAUUUCCAACCAUGGAACUCCACUAGCUCCGGAAUCCGACCAAAAUGGAUCCCAACAUUCUCCAAUUUCGGAGGAAGAGGAAGAGGAGGAGGAGGAGGAGGAGGAGGAGGAAGAAGAAGAAGAAGAGUCCCAACCGAAGAAGCUAAAACAACUACCCGACUUGCCCAAACCUGAGCUCCUAGAGAAUGAAAUUGCCGAAACUCCCUCGGCCAUGGUCAUGGAGGGAACUACGCCCCCUUCCCAAAAUGGAAAAGCCACAGCUGCGAAAACAAGCAAGAAGUUGAAGAAGAAGAGCAAGGAUGUGUGGACGACGACCACAAGGAAGGGUAAGAAAAAGGCAAAAAAUGCCUCCAAUGGAAACCACAAUUCUAAAAAUGCCACAGGUACCAACACGGCAACUGAAGAUAAGGUCUUGAUAACCCCUAUUCCGAGGUUUCCUGACAAAAGUGAUGAUAGCCCGGAUUUGAAGAUUUGCCUCUCCAAGGUUUAUAAGGCUGAAAAAGUGGAAUUAGGAGAGGAUAGAUUGAGUGCGGGCAGCACGAAGGGGUACAGAAUGGUUAGGGCGACAAGGGGGGUUGAAGAGGGCGCAUGGUAUUUCGAGAUUAAGGUGGUGCAUUUGGGUGAGACGGGGCAUACAAGGUUGGGGUGGUCCACAGAUAAAGGGGACUUGCAGGCGCCUGUAGGGUAUGAUUGUAAUAGCUUUGGAUACAGGGACAUUGAUGGGAGUAAAGUGCACAAGGCUUUGAGGGAGAAGUAUGGGGAGGAAGGAUAUAAAGAAGGUGAUGUUAUCGGUUUUUAUAUCAAUUUGCCUGACGGAGGGUCCUAUGCACCUGAUCCUCCACGCAUGGUUUUGUACAAGGGCCAGCGGUACGUUUGUGCUCCCAAUCCCAAGGAGGAUCCCCCAAAAGUUGUGCCGGGAAGUGAGAUAUCUUUUUUCAAAAACGGUAUAUGCCAAGGUGUUGCUUUCAAGGAUCUUUAUGGUGGUCGUUACCAUCCUGCUGCUUCAAUGUAUACUCUUCCGAGCCAACCAAAUUGUGUUGUCAAGUUCAAUUUUGGUCCUGAUUUUGAACAGUUUCCAGAUGACUUUGGUGGGCGUCCUGUCCCAAGACCAAUGUUUGAAGUUCCUUAUCAAGCUGUUGAUGGCAGAGUUGAGAAUGGUAGUCCAUGGAAUAUCACCAGAAUGUGCCCCAUGUAUAAAGUGGUAAAAGGGAAUGAUACCGCUGAAAUAGGUGGUCAAGCUUGAAGAAAACACUCAGAGGGGAAAUUUCGUCGGAGUUUCACCGUUUUUGUGGUUUGAAGUGCUGCUACCACAAGUGUGUAUCCGUUGUAUCUUCGAAGACAUUUGCCGUUCAACUGUGAGUAUCGUAGCGAGACAAUUUGUCUUAAGGAAAGAAUUAUACUCGCCUCGAAUUUUUUUCGACUCCUUAUUUCAUUUUGGUUUUGUGUGUCUUUUUAGUCAUAUACUUUGUGUUCUUAUAUUGUAUUCUAAUUAUGCUCCUGCGGGUUGGAACUUUGCCAUACAAUAAUAUUGUUUCGACUAUGUUCCUACGGGUUGAAA